AUGGUCUGUGGCAUCUUGUGUGACUGUUUGAUCCUGUCUGAUGAGAGUGUUGCUACCUGCCAGGUGUUCUUUUACAAAGGAGAGCUGCACCUCAUCCCGCUGUCAGAGACCCAGGAGCAGGAACGUGACCUAUCUGCCACCACUCUGACAGUCUCGCAGGCGGUGACGCUGUUGUCCACCUGUUCAGAGGAGUUCCUGGCUGCAGAGCCCAUCCCAACAGCAGUGUAGAAGCGCAUCAGUGGGUAUCCUGAGAAAAUUCAGACCUCAUUUCACCGAGCCCACUGCUACCUUCCAGCAGGCAUUGUGGCAGUGCUGAGGCAGCGCCCUUCGUUGGUGGCUGCAGCAGUCCAGGCCUUUCACCUGCGAGAGCCUGUGGAUUUACGAGCAGUUAUACCGCUAGCUCCUGAAAAUAAGUUUGGGAGUCAAAGUGGAUACACGCUGCCCCUCCCAUCUCACCCUCAAUACAAAGCCUAUGAACUGGGCAUGAAGCUGGCCCAUGGCUUUGAAAUUUUGUGCUCCAAGUGCAGUAAAGUAUCUCCUGAUUCCAAGAGCAAUGUGUUAAAGGUCCCCUGUGGAAAUGAAGGAUCUGCUAAAUACUUGGAAGUGCUGCACAGGGCAGAAGAUUACUUCCAACAGUCUGUUACCAAGCCCGAAAGCUCUUUUGAAGUGAGCCCAGGUGAUGAAAUCUUGACACUGCUACAGACAACAACUGUUGAUUUGAAGGAAUUUGAGAGAGAAGCAGCUUGUCUUUUUCCAGAGGAUGAUGACAGUUGGCUGGAGAUUACAGCAGGUGAUCUAGAUCAGAUGCUGAAGGAGGCAAGAAAUGAGUCCCUUCCUUCCUCCAAUGAGGAAGAGCAGAAAUACGACUUGGAAGCAGUUGCUGAAAGUAUGAAGGCUUUUGUAUCCAAAGUCUCACCACAUGAAGGAGCAGAAAUGCCACGGCACCCUUUGGUUGAUUCUGCUCGAGAGAAAUCUGUAUGCCGUAUGGCUUAUGUCUGUGUCAGCUUAUGCAAGCCUAAAAGCUUUAUUUAUUUAAAAAUUUUUUUAGAUAUCAGGUCACCUGAUGAAUCCCAUGUUACCUUUGAUGUAGAUUCUUUUACAAAAGCGUUAGUCAGAAUUUUAGGUGAGAUUGCUUCUUUGUUUCUUUUGUCAGAAUAUCUCAUGGUUAUUUGGCUUUCCUGGGUCAUCCAUCCGUCACCCAUGGUCGCUGUGCUGAUUUGUUUGCUAUCUGUACUGACACAAAAUAAUAUAUAUGUAGGGGCAGACUCAGAAGAGCUGGAUUCUGAUGGUCUGGAUGAAGAGGAGGAGUUUGAUUUCUCGAACAAGGAUGAUGAAGACUUAGAUGUGGAAGAUCAAAGGCAAGACCAGAAGGUGCCGCCUAAUGAGCUUAUAGGCAGUCUCAAGUCAUACAUGAGUGAGAUGGACCGUGAACUGGCACAUACCAACGUUGGUAAAAGUUUCACCGUCCAAAAGAGAGGGGCAAGUUCUGUUAAUGCAACUACGUCUCAAAGUGCUGGCCCUGAUUCCGGAGCUGAAGAUACUGAGUUGACUGAAAUAAAAAAGGCCCAAACAAUAGGCCUCAAACCAAAGUUGACUUCUGAGUGAAUUCCACGACCAGCA